AGUAUUUUGUGCGACAAACAAACAUGGCGUCUGUGCGGCAGGCAGACACGGCUUUGUGGCUUCAUAACAAAUUAUCCACAGAUGAUUCGUGGUCUGGUAGUAGCUUACGCUCUUUAUUAACUCAGGAUGUUCUCCGUAAUAUCCCAGAGUGUUUUCAUAGGCUUGAGACUCAAGUGAAAGUAAAAUUAUUGAUGGCUUUCCUUCACUUACCUCGCCGAGUGAUCGAGGAAACGAACAGUGAAAUGAGCGAAAUAUUUGAGAUUGGCAGCCAGGACGAGGACGAAUGGGUUCGGGUUUUAUCAGAGAUAUUGAAAUAUUACCCGAGUACAGGAAUGCUGAAUGUUCAUCUGGAGCACGUGAGCCCCGUGUUUAGAGAGGUGGCAGAGGAAAUCAAGAAGACUGUUGCAAGCCUUCCUGAUGGUGGAUCUAGUCUCCUUCCUCUGGAAUGUCUGUAUUUAAACAGAACAGCACUUGUUGCAAUGGUAGGACCCCAGCCUCCCCUUCCAAAACACUUCACUCUUCGAAGAAAACCAAAGUCUGCUGCACUCAGAGCAGAGCUCACACAGAAAGCCAGUGAAGCUAUAUCAGCUCACAAGAAAGGACUUGGAACCCCUCUGAGCUCAGGACACAAACUUCAAUCUCCUUCCAAGAAGUUUGAAGCCCCUGUAAGAGUAACACCAAGAAUGUCCAGCUCCUCAAGUUUCCGUCCAACACCCAGCAGAGCAACUCCAUCAAGUGGUUCAUCCAGAAGCAUCAUCUCUGCUGCCACGCUUAAACACCAUGGAAGAACAAAGCUUUUAGACAUAAAUGAGCAGCCUAUUGGAGGUGGCAGGGAACUCAAAAGGAGAAAGAAACUGGCAGAAUCAGAGCAAGGAGAAGAUGCAAAACACAAAAAACUAGACAGCACUAAACCAGCAGAACCGAGCACACCAGAUUAUGCUGCAGGUCUUGCACCUGUGUCUCAACCAAACAAGCCUCCCUCAAGCCCAGAGACACCAACACCAAGCAUGGCACCUCCAUCAUCCACUCCGUCUUAUGCACCACAGAGCGUCUCGACCCAGUCUUCCACUGCAGAUACACUCAGUGAGAGUACUAUUAACCUCAAGAGAGAGUUGGAGAUGCAUAUGGAACAACAGCGUCAGUUAAUGAUGAGAGAGCGACAACAAAAGCAGGCUGCUGCUGCGGCGGCGGCAAUGGCGGCAGGUUCUUCGAGUUCUACAACCCCAGCUGUCAGUGCGGAUUCAACAAGAGUUCCUGCUGCAGUUUCCCCUGGGUCUGCUAACACUCAGCAGCAACAGCAACAAGCUAACAAGCGCCAGCUUACCCUGACACGAGAGCAAAUGUUAGCUGCUCAUGAAAUGUUCAAGAAUGCAAACCGUGUGAGUCGAGCAGAAAAGGCGCUCAUUUUGGGAUUUAUGGCCGGCGCAAGAGAGAAACCAUAUUCUCAUCAAGGUCCAAUAAUUACCAUCAAGCUGAGUGAAAACACGGAGACCGUGACAGCAUCAGACGGAACGCAGCAGAUGCAGCUGGUAGAAAUGCUCUUUGAAAUGAACUAUGACUCAGGACACUGGCGCAGACUCAAACGAACCAGGGUAGUUUCCAAACAUGGUGCGUCCUCGACCUCGACUCCAGGACAGAAAAGCACCUGACUCAUCACAUGACUGCGAAAAUACAUUGAAUGGGGGUCAACUAAACUAUGUGCUAAUUUUGAAAGCAUUAUUUCAAGUCUGUUUCCGAAGUUGACUAGACAUUCGCAACGCUCGCGAGAGUCUGCAAGGCGAGCGAGGCAAGAAGAGUAGAGAAGACUCUGACCUUUUCACUCCUUUUUUCUGUAGAGGCUUGUUUAGGAUUCGCUAAAAACGCGAUUUGUUGCAUUUUGUGUAAUACAAUCUCUACUGUACAAUGGUAAACACGGUGAAACAACUAAGGACAAAUCUCAGCAAAAGGAAUACAUGUAUCUGGCCUUUCCUGAAAAAAAAAAUGAAUUUAUAGAUACACUAACCAGAAGAACAGCAUAUAAUUUAUGAAUUGUCAAAUUUAAAUAAAGUGUACCAUACGAUA